AUGCCGGCAGUCAAACGGCGGGCAGCCUCGCCUCCCAUCGACGAGCGCGACUCGCCAGCGAGUCCUAAGCGUGCACGCACUGAGGACGACGAGGAACACGGCAACCAACGCACGAAGAAGGGCAAGGCGCGCCAGGAGGAGGGCGAAGUUGACAUCCAGAAGGACCUCGAAGAGGAGACUCCCGAGCAGGAGGCCCCCGAUGAAGAUGAGGAAAGAAAGUUUGAGGAGGAGAACGAGGAGAUCAUCCGAGAGACGAUCAUGAACAAGGGCAAGACGCAGGGCGGCGUCGCAGAGAUGGGCAUCAUCGAGUCGCUCGAGAUGCACAACUUCAUGUGUCACAAGUACCUUACGUUACGUUCGGCGCGCAAGUCAACUUCAUUAUUGGCCACCGCGACCGGUCGCGGGAACGGCUUGAAGUCGUUCAUUCGCGAGGGACAACAGGUCUCGGAGGUUACAGUCGUCCUGAAAAACCAGGGCGAGGAGGCCUACCGGCCUAAGGAGUAUGGCAAGAGCAUCGUGAUCACGCGUCGUUUCACGAAGGAAGGGUCGUCGUCGUACAAGAUUAAGAACAAGGAUGGUCGAGUGGUGUCGACGAAGCGCGAGGAAUGUCGACAACCCGAUGAACAUCCUGACCCAAGACGCGGCGCGGCAGUUCCUGAGCGCGUCCAACCCGCGGACAAGUACAAGUUCUUCCUGCGCGGCACGCAGUUGUCGCAGCUGUCCGAGGAAUACCAGACCUGCCUCGAGGGCAUCCAGAACAUGCAGAAGACCGUCAAGCGCAAGUCCGAGGGCCUGCCCGACCUCGAGGAGUCGCUCGAAGAGGCGAUGUCGCGCUUUGAGGAGGCCCAGAAGGCGCGUGAGCAGCGCCACAAGGCGGACGACCUCAAGAAGGAGCUUGCCUGGGCGCAUGUCGCGUCGAAGGAGGAGGAGCUGGCGAAGAUCGACGAGGCGUCCGAGAAGAUUGCAGCCAUCGAGGGCAGCCUGGAGGACAUGGGUGACAUCCAGCACCUGCUUCAGCAGAAGAAGGGCCUCCAGGACGAGAGCCGCGACAACAGGCAGAAGCUGCAGAAGCUAAAGGAAGAGGAGAAGCAGAUGGACGCGACCGUGCGGCGCUGCACGAAGCUGAUCACAGAGUACGACGCGCAAAUGAGGCGGAGCGCCAGCGUGAAGCGCGAGGAGACGGACCGCAAGAUCGACGAGGCGCAGCACGCGUUUGAUGAGGCCGAGCGGCAACUGAACGCUGUGAAGGAAGAGAAGGAGCAGAAAGAGAAUGAGGCGCGGGAGACGGAGACGCAGGGUCAGGAGCUGAAGAGGCAGAAGGACGAGGCGCAGCAGGAUGUCAUGAACGCGCAGGGCGCACUGCAGCAGUCCCAGGAAGCGGAGAAGAACAAGCUCGCGCCGUAUGGGAAUAAAAUGGACCAGGUCUUGGCGAGCAUCGAGCGUAUGAACUGGUACGGAAACCGACCGGUGGGCCCAUUGGGCUUGUACGUGAAGGUGCAAGACCCCGUUUGGGCGCCAUUGAUGCGUGUGCAGUUGGGAGGCUUGAUGGGUGCGUUUGCGAUCACAGAUGCGAGGGAUCGCGCUCAGCUGGGGCAACUGCUGACCCAGACCAACAACCGCAACUCGAUCAUAAUCAGUGAGGUCGAUCUCUUCGACUAUAGCCACGGCGAGCCUCCGCCGGAUAUCUUGACCGUGUUGAGGGUGCUUGAUGUCAGCGACCAGUAUGUUCUGCGCGUCAUGAUCAACUCCGCCAGCAUCGAGAGCACAUACGUCGCGCGUACCCGUGCCCAGCUCGAUAACAUCCUCCUCGGUACUGGACGAGGUGGGUUUGGUUGGUCCGCGGACCUCUACACUGUCCGACGUUUCCCCGAGGGUGGUGGUUCAUCCAACCCGUUGACGAUGGUUCCUGGACGCGAUCCGAGGCAGCAGCUGUUUGCGAGCAAGGACGCUGCCGGUGAGAAGCGCCGCCUGCAAGAAGCGUUGCAACAGGCCAACGCGAACUGCGAGGACAUCACUGGGAGAUUCCAGGCAGCCCACCAGCGAUUCGUGCAGCUGAAGCAGGAGAUAGGGCGCCUGAACACGCGCGAGAACCAGCUGCAUAAUCGCUGCAGAGAGCUCAAGUUAACCAGAGAUACUCUCCUGCUGGAGCGCAACGAAGAACAGUCCAUCACCGUCUCCACCAUCGAGGACGCCAAAGUGGCGAUGGAGGCAGAGAAGCAGAUGACGAUCGAACAGUUCAAGGUGGUUCAGCAGCAGAAGAAUGCUAUCGACGCAGCGCAGAACGUGCUUCAGGAGAAGAUGAAUACGUUGCAGAAGCAGAUCAAUGAGUUCGAGGGCGACAAGAGCACGCUGCAGAAACAAAUUGAAGAACUGUCUAUUGAGCGGAUGGACGCGCAGAAAGCUACGCAGUACUAUGAGACUAAGCUCAAGGAAGAGGAGGACAAGGUCAAAGAUGCGCAAACCAUUGAAGCCAACGUUCAGAAGGAAUUCGAGAAUUGGACUGCCAAAGCUCUUCAGUAUUGCGCGCGGUGGCUGAACCCACGCAAGGCAGACGAAGUACAGCGUAAUCUGGAUGCUGUGCAGGCUGCACUCCGAGAGCGCGAGAAGAGGCAAGGCGCCUCUGUUGAAGAUAUGACGAUUGAAGUCAACAAGAAGAAAGCAGCGCUCGAUACCGCCAAGCGGGACGUCAAGCAGAUGCUGUCUCUCAUCAGAGUCUACUUCCAGUAUCAUCUCUCAAACCGAGGUUACUACGGCAAAGUCCUCUUCGAUCAUGUUGCGGGAACCUUGCAGCUCAAGGUGCAAACGGAUGACCAGACUCUGACGCAGAACAGUCGUGAGAAAGACCCUCGCUCACUCAGCGGAGGAGAGAAGUCUUUCUCGACGAUCUGUCUCCUUCUGUCUCUCUGGGAGUCUAUCGGCUGCCCGAUUCGUUGUCUCGAUGAGUUUGACGUCUUCAUGGAUGCUGUCAAUCGUCGUAUCAGUAUGAAGAUGAUGAUCGACACUGCGAACGCCUCCGAUAGCAAGCAAUACGUUUUGAUUACGCCCCAGGACAUGACGAACAUAGUGAUCGGGAACACCGUUCGGGUGCACCGUAUGACGGAUCCUGAGCGGGGACAAGGCGUGCUAGCCUUCUCGUAA